AUUCGCUGUGAGAGAAGCUCAACAAAAUGGGCAAGGAGCUAUAGUGUCAGUGAUAAGAAGACAGCAAAGAAUGGAUUUAUUGAGUGGGAGGAGAAGAGGCACAAGGGGACUCAGACAGACCGAGUGAGAGACUGAUAGACAGCACACACCGGUGUGAGGGCGCUUUGUGCUGAGCUCCACGCGGUUUGGGUAUCACUAACUCAGGAGGAAUAAAUAUCUGCACAAGUUCCCUUUUCUGCUACAAGGAAUAAAAACGGAAGCAAAUUAUCUUUCACUUUGGCUGUCUUUACUCCAAAGCAGAAAAUUCUCUCAGAGCCACUCACUGUUGUGCGCCGUGAAGUGAGAUCAGGGUGUGUAUUGAGUCAGAGUGCUCUAAACUGAGAUGGGGACGGUGAGCGAACUUUGCGCUUCCAGCUUCCAGGCGUUCAUGUGUCCCACUGUGUGCCCAGCUGCACCAGCAGUGCCAGAUGACCUAACGCCAGAGGAGAAGCAGGAGCUGGAGAACAUACGGCGCCGAAAGCAGGAGCUGCUUGAGGACAUCCAGCGGCUCAAGGAUGAGAUAGCAGAGGUAACGAAUGAGAUUGAGAACCUGGGCUCCACUGAAGAAAGGAAAAAUAUGCAAAGGAAUAAACAGGUGGCCAUGGGCCGAAAGAAAUUCAACAUGGAUCCCAAAAAGGGGAUCCAGUUCCUCAUAGAGAAUGACCUGCUGAAGAACAUCUGUGAGGAUAUCGCUCAGUUCCUCUAUAAGGGUGAGGGCCUCAACAAGACAGCCAUUGGAGAUUAUCUAGGCGAAAGAGACGAGUUCAACAUUGAUGUUCUUCAUGCUUUUGUCGAGCUUCAUGAAUUCACAGAUCUCAACCUGGUCCAGGCACUCAGACAAUUCUUGUGGAGUUUCCGGUUACCAGGUGAAGCCCAGAAGAUAGACCGCAUGAUGGAGGCUUUUGCACAGCGUUACUGUCAGUGCAAUCCUGGUGUCUUUCAGUCCACAGAUACCUGCUAUGUUCUUUCAUUUGCCGUCAUCAUGUUGAAUACAAGCCUGCACAACCCUAAUGUAAAGGACAAGCCUACAGCCGAGCGCUUCAUAGCCAUGAACAGAGGCAUCAAUGAUGGGGGAGACCUACCAGAGGACUUGCUCAGGAACCUGUAUGAAAGUAUCAAGAAUGAGCCCUUUAAGAUACCAGAAGACGAUGGCAAUGACCUCACACAUACAUUCUUUAAUCCAGACCGUGAGGGCUGGUUGCUGAAAUUGGGGGGACGAGUAAAAACAUGGAAAAGAAGAUGGUUUAUCUUGACGGAUAACUGCCUUUAUUACUUUGAAUACACUACUGAUAAAGAGCCAAGAGGGAUUAUUCCCCUGGAAAAUCUAAGCAUUAGAGAAGUGGAGGAUUCAAAGAAACCAAACUGCUUUGAGCUCUUCAUCCCUGACAAUAAGGAUCAAGUGAUCAAGGCCUGCAAGACUGAGGCAGAUGGUCGGGUGGUGGAGGGUAACCACACAUUCUACAGAAUCUCGGCCCCAACCACUGAAGAAAAAGAGGAAUGGAUCAGCAGUAUCAAAGCUGCCAUCAGCAGAGACCCCUUCUAUGAAAUGCUCGCAGCCAGGAAGAAGAAGGUGUCAUCUAUAAAGAGGCAGUAAAUCUUCCUGACUCCUUGAAACUUUGGGGCCCACAUGUAUAUAACUGCUCAAGGUUAAGUGAAGAACACCCAAGUAAGAACUGGCCUGUGAUAUAGCAAGUGGACAAAUGAAACCUAGAAGCCAUAACUGUGGACUGGAUCAGUCCUACUCAGGAAUGCCCUGGUGUUUUAAGGGGGGAAAUGGUUGCACUGGGAGUUUGUGUGAGCCUUAAGUGACAUUGCUUCAGGAUUGACUUUAUGCUUCUUGAGUAAACAUAAAAAACAUGCAGAAAUCCUAAUUCAGGGAUUUGUAUGUAUUGAAAGGUUAUAGCAUUGCACAACAGAGGCUCUCAAACUACAAAUGUUACAAAAUAAUAGCGUGUAAAUUCAUUAUGUAUAGCCUGUACCACUCUAUGUAUAUCUUAAAUCAGCAGGUCUGACUGUACAAGGCAACUGAAUUCAAAGCUGCUGACAAACAGUUAUGUCAGUUUUUGUUUGUUUGAUACAUGUACAGGCAGUAGGAUAAGUAAAUUAUCUACACAUCCUCCUGAAUAUUUCAUAAGCCGUGUUUCU